AUGGCAUACAACAACAACUACCAACAAGGUCCCUUCUGGGACUUUGCACGAUCAUUCGGUCAGAACGGAGCAGGCGUUGACCAUCCUGCCGAUGGCUUUGGCUCUUUUGGGCCCCCGCCAUAUCAAGCACACCACGGAGGCUUUGGCUUUGGCGGACCACCAGGAGGCUGGGGUUCAGGAGCCUUUGGCUCUGGUCCCUGGGCCCGUGGCGGCCACCACGGCCGUCGUGGACGACAUUGCCACCGCCGUGAUGGCUCUCAUGAGGGACAUCGACGACGAUCUCGAGAUCCACCCGCGGAUGGGGAAAAUCCCGACGACUCAGAGGAGAGAGAGAGUUCGCCCCAUGGCCGUCGUGGCAGGCGAGGUCACCAUGGUAGAGGAGGGCAUCGCGGUGGAUGGGGAGGCCAUGGCCCCAGAGGACCACCCCCAUUCGGAGGGUUUGGUGGUAUUGACCUGAACGGUUUGAUGGCGGCCCUCUCUACCCACCCAUUGGCACAGACAUUCCGCGACUAUGCUGGACAAGCUGGUUUUGCGGCCGGUGGCCCACAGCGAUCAGGGGAGACACCCGAAGAUGUCGACACCGAGAACACCUUCAUCCCACCCAUCGAUGUCUUCUCCACCGAGAAGCAGUUCGUGCUGCAUGUGGCUUUGCCAGGAGCCCGCAAGGAAGACGUGGGAGUCAACUGGGAUGAAGAGAAAGGAGUUUUGAACUUGGCCGGCGUGGUAUAUCGCCAAGGAGACGAGGCGUUUUUGGAGACGUUGACCCAGAGCGAGAGAAAGGUCGGCAUGUUUGAGCGCACGAUUAAGCUCCCGCCUGGAGAUGGGGAGAAGGAGGAAGUCGAUGGCGAUGCCAUCACUGCUAAAUUAGAAGAUGGGAUCUUGGUUGUCACUGUGCCCAAAGUGGAGAAGGAGUGGACAGAGGUCAAGAGAGUUGAUAUCGAAUAG